UCCUGCAAGAUCCGAUCCACCCACCUACCCAACCAGAAAGAAAUGGCUCGCGGGAAGAUCCAGAUAAAGAGGAUCGAGAACCAGACGAACAGGCAGGUCACCUACUCCAAGAGGAGGAAUGGUCUCUUCAAGAAGGCUCAGGAGCUCACUGUUCUCUGCGAUGCUAGGGUUUCCAUAAUCAUGAUCUCCAGCACUCAGAAGUUGCACGAAUACAUCAGCCCUACCAUCACGACGAAGCAGGUUUUCGAUCUGUACCAGAAGGCCGUUGGAGUCGACCUUUGGAGCACGCACUAUGAGAGAAUGCAAGAACACUUGAAGAAAUUGAAGGAGUUCAAUGCCAAUCUUAGGAAGGAGAUUAGACAGAGGAUGGGGGAGUGUCUGAACGAUCUGGGCUACGAUCAAGUGGUGAAUCUUAUUGAAGAUAUCAAUACUUCUCUCAGUCUCAUUCGUGAAAGAAAGUACAAAGUCAUCGGAAAUCAGAUCGACACCGGCAAGAAGAAGUUGAGGAAUGUUCAAGAAAUCCACAAAAAUCUUAUGCUUGAAUUCGAUGCUAGACAAGAGGAUCCACACUAUGGAUUAGUCGAAAACAACGAUGGCGAUUAUCUUGGUUUCGGGCCUCAUAUUAUCGCGUUACGCCUAACUCAGCAGCCGCCCAAUCAUUGCCACCCUCCUGGCCUUCAUCGUGGUGGUGCCGCCUCGGACAUCACCACUUUUGCUUUGCUCGAGUGAGGUUCAGUUCGAUUCGAUUUUCGCUAUAAUGUGUUCAUGAAUAAAUUAAAAAGUUUGUUGGGAGUUUGUAAUGUGGAGUGUUGUUUUGGUGUAUUGUUGUUGCUAUGGUGUUCUUGAAUUUUAUGUGACAAAUAUAUAUA